AUGGCGAGACCAUCGAGUGAACAGAAGCCUCCUAGACGAAUGACACUCCUACUGGAGGGGAGACCUGGAGAACCACGAGAGAUAGACCGAGAAGAAUUUAUUACCUACUGUCGUGAUGACCCUGAACGCCUCUGGCAACUGAUGUUGGAAAUAAGUGACGAACUGAGGGACAAAAUUGAAGAUCUUGAGGUUGAAGCCGCUGGUGCGCUGCUUAAGAUUCAGGAAAACGAAGGAAUUGCAGCCCUUGCCAACCAAGAAUUGAAGAAGAAAGAGGACGAGCUUAAACAGACGACCAUCCAGCGAGAUCAGUAUGCCAACCAGAUUGCACAAAUGAUGGUUCGAAGCAACGACCUGGGUACCCUGGCAGUAGGCCCUGCCACCCGUAAGUCUAUCAAGCUUCCAGACCCACCCCUGUUGUCCGAUGGAAAGAACCCUAAAUUCGACGAUUGGCUCGUACUCAUGCAGCAGAAGCUGAGCGCGAAUGCGGACCACUAUGAUACCCCUGAAUUGAGACGCGCCUACGUUGCCAGCCGAUGCGAGGGUGAUGCGGCAAAACACAUCACUAAACGCCUGAAGAAUGGUGCCAUAAAUGCUUACAAGGACUCGACCGACCUGCUGGAGCACCUUGAGCAAAUCUACCACGAUCCGAACCGCCUCGCAAGUGCAAAGCUCAAAUUCCGUGGAUUAUUCAUGAAGAAUAAGGACAAAUUCCACGACUUCUUGUCCGAAUUCAUUUAUUGGGCAGAUGAGGCUGAGAUUGACGAGAAGGACUGGAGGGAGGAGCUAUACCAGAAGAUUACAACUGACCUCCAGAAGCUGACUAUGAGUGAGGCCAUCCGCACCAAUGGAACUUUUCAGGAGUUCAUAAACUACUGUUCUCAAACCGCGAAUCGGCUGGAGGUUAUCAAUAACCGUUCGCAACAUAAUCGUGUCUUUAGGAACUGGGCCUCUUCAAAUCAGAAUCAGAACUCGCCAGUACCUACUAAUACUGUGAAGAGGGAAAGCAAAGAGGCAGAUCGCUUGGGGGUAGACUCAGAGACUCGUCAACGUCUAAUGCAGGAAGGGAAGUGUUUCAAGUGUCAGCAGUUUGGCCAUCUCGCCCGUGAAUGCCCUAAGCAGAUGCCUACCACUCAGCUCAAGGCAUUGGAGAAGGCCAAUAGUAAAGAAAACAAUGAGAACAUUAGAGACACAGGAGCAAACGGAUUCAUAUUUAUCGACACAAACCUAGCAACCCUCAUCGCGAAGACCUUUGGCCUACAUACAGUCCCAUUAGGACGGGAAUACGCAGUACAAGGAUACGAUGGCAAGUCAGAAGCUCCCGUCACACAUGCCAUCUUCAUGACACUGGAGGUCGACGGCAGAAGACAGAAUAAUCUACCGAUGCUGAUAGUAAACUUGGGAAGGCACGAUAUAAUACUUGGAAGGAAGUGGUUUGCCCAAUUUGGAGUCCUGCCAGACUGCAAGAACCAACGCCUUCUUUGGCCCUCAGAGCGGGCUGCCUUUGACGAAGUGGCCGCUCAGACAACUCGACCUUUACCCCGCAAGAUAUUGAAGCGAGCAGACACAAUACAGAUGAAUUACCAAAAGGACGCAGACCGCAGGGAUCGACUAAUGGAGCAAGAGGACCAGGAAGAUCAAAAAAAGGGACCUAACAAGGUCACUACAGGAGAUAGGAAACCGAUAAGCCCAGCAGCGCCUAGACAUCAACCACGAGAGCUUUUCCAGCCGACAGAUCCAAUUCCCCUGGAACCAGAGAAGAAGAUUGAAAGUUCACAAGACCUCCCAAAGAUUGACAUCGCAGCAAUAGGAGGCUCGGCCUUUACGCGAUAUAUGAAGGGAAAUAGUGCCGAGGUGUUUGUCACUAGCCUCUAUGAGAUUGAUAAGAUGAUACAGCAUAAGAAGCCAUUAUGUGACAUCACUGAAGAAGCAGACCUUCGAAAGUUGGUUCCAUCAUACUACCAUGACUACCUCGACGUCUUCUCAAAGAGGGCUUCAGACACCUUGCCACCAUCACGUCCAUGUGACCAUAAGAUCGAGUUGACAAUGGAGAAUACGCUUGGCUAUAGCCCUCUGUAUAAGCAGUCGGCAGAAGAAUUAGAAGCCACAAAGAAAUACAUCAUGGAGAAUCUAGACAAGGGAUUCAUCGAACCAAGCAAUGCACCAUUUGCCUCUCCAAUCCUGAUGGCACGAAAGAAGGAUGGAGGACUCCGAUUCUGCGUUGAUUACAGAAAGCUAAAUGCAAUCACUAAGAGGGACAGAUAUCCAUUGCCGGCUUCCCCGUAUCCGGAUGCUCCAGACUCCGAGGACUUGACUACCUUCCGAACACGAUAUGGAUCCUAUAAGUACAAGGUGAUGCCAUUUGGGCUGACUAAUGGACCGGCCACGUUUCAACGAUUCAUCAAUGAGACCUUUCUAGACUAUCUGGACGAUUUCCUUACCGCUUUUAUUGAUGAUCUGUUGAUCUAUAGCAGCAAUGAGCUUGAGCACCAGGAGCACGUCAAGAAGGUAUUGCAACGUCUGCGAGAGGCUGGACUCCAAGCCAGCAUUGGGAAAUGCGAAUUUCACGUCCAAAGGACUAAAUACUUGGGCUUUGUCGUUGGCACUAAUGGUAUUGAAGUCGACCCUGACAAGGUGGCAGUAAUUGCGCAAUGGAAGCGACCAACUACAGUAAAGGGCGUGCAGUCCUUUCUAGGAUCUGCAAUUUCUACAGGCGGUCAUACGGAAUUAUAG